AGUCAGUCGCGAACAGCGCACCGUUGGGUCGUUGACACUACGUCUGUUUCUGUGUUGUAAAGGAAGCUCUUCCGUUAAAUAUGUCUUAUUAACGGGUUAACUCUGUAGUUUGGAGAAAGGAGAGAUAAAUUACACGCCGGUUGGAGAAAUGGAGGCUGUGAGUAAGUGGACCCCGCAACAAGUGGUGGACUGGAUGAAAGGUCUGGAUGACAGCUUGCAGCAGUACAUCCCGUCCUUCCAGGGGCAGCAGGUGGACGGGGAGAAGCUGCUCAGGAUGUCCCACCAGGAGCUGCUGUCUCUGGGCAUGUCGCGGGUCGGACACCAGGAGCUGGUGCUGGAGGCCAUGGAUCUGCUCUGCGCACUGAACUACGGUGUGGAAAAGGACAACCUGAAGACUCUGGUGGGGAAGAUGAGAGCAGCGCACCACAACCUGAACAGCGCAGUGUCGCAGCGCAGGAAGAACCCCGCCUACCACAGCAAAAUCUCUCAUCAGCCCUCCAAUGAGUUCCUGACUGCCGUGGUUGAGCUGAUUGGAGCUGCCAAGAGCCUGCUGGCCUGGCUGGACAGGACUCCUCUGACGAGCGCCAACGACUUCACCUCUACCAAAAGCAGAAUCAUCCAGCUGUGUCUGGAGCUCACCUCCACCGUCCAGAAGAACUGCACUGUUUAUGAGAUAGAGGAGAAGAUUCUGGAAGUGUCCCGAGCCCUGAACGGCGUAUGCGAGAAGACAGUCCAGGCGACCUCUGACCCCUCAAAGAGUGAGAUGUCCUGCCUGGAGGAGGUGCACAUCACCAACAUCAAGCCUGGGGAGGGACUGGGUAUUUACAUCAAAUCCACCUACGACGGGCUUCACGUCAUCACGGGAACAACAGAGAAUUCUCCUGCAGACAAAACCCAAAGGAUUCACGCUGGAGAUGAAGUCAUUCAGGUCAACAAACAGACAGUGGUGGGCUGGCAGUUGAAGCACCUGGUGGAGAAGCUGAGGGCGGAGUCAGGAGGCGUUGCGCUGAUGUUGAAGAAGAGGCCGUCUGGAAUGUGCGGCGGCUUCGCACCCGCUCCGCUGAAAAACCUGCGCUGGAGGCCGCCGCUUGUACAGACGUCUCAGGGAGCUCCGGGUCUCUACAGAUCUCAACAGCCAGAAACCUCAGACGCUCCUGGAAAGAGAGGGAAAACAACCAUAUUGGAUUUGUACGUCCCUCCUCCCCCUGCAGCACCUUACAUACCACUAGACGGGAACACCAACGUGUCUCCAGGUGUGAAAUUGAGACCAAGGUCUCCAAAUUCAUGUCUGGACGUGGAUGCACGGCGACGCUUCACUGUUACAGACGACUACAGGACUCCUGUCAGCCCCCCACGUGAAGUCAACCAACCAAACCCUGUGUGCCUUCGACAGCGCUCGUCCACACGCUGUAAACCUCGACCUGUCUCCAUGCCAGUGGAGUCGUUUUCAGCCGACCCGUUCUCCAGACCCGGGGCUCAGGGAAGGAAAGGGCAGGACAUCCUGCACAGAUAUCUGAGUAACGAGGGAAUCAGCACCAUCACAGAGGAGGAGCCAUGUUACCCUCUGCCGUACCGAGGACACCCGUCUGUCCGAGGAGUCGACCACAUCAGAGGCAGCCAGUGCUUCAUCAACGCCAACCUGCACAACAGCGCCACCAUUCCUUACCAGGAAGCAGCGUCCAAGAAGUCUGCUGCCUCCACCUCUGCUGCUGUCUCCCCUCCUAUGGCUGUAACAAAACAGUCUACAUCGCUGCUCGGAGGCUGGCUGGCUCGUCUCAGACAACAAAGGGGAAGUUUCUGUGCAGAGAGUCACAGAAAAACAGAAGAGUGCGGAGGGGUCGUGAAGAACGUGAAACAGGAAGGAUGGUGUGGGUAUAUACAUGUAUAUGUCUGUGUGAGUGUGAUUUUGACUUUGUGGUCUGUUUCUGGGUUGAUGUAUAAAUUGUCACAGGCAGCUUCCUCCCAUGCUGAGCAUCAUUCUGCUGCAAAGACGCCUCACUGCUGGACGUCCAGCCUGAAGCAGACUCCAGGCUCGACUGUAGCCAUGAGUCGGCGGCGGGUCUCAGUCAAAGAUCUGGGGGUGGUGGACUGUCAGGGCUGGCUUCUCCGAAAGAAGGAGGGCCGCAGCUUCCUGGUAAGCAAAUGGAGGAGAUACUGGUUCGUCCUGAAGAAGACUUCUCUGUAUUGGUAUACCGACAAGAUGGCGGAGAAAGCGGAAGGAUUCAUCAACCUGUCCGGUUUCACCAUCGAACAGGCCAAACAGUGCCGGAAGAAACAUGCCAUGACAGCCAGUCAUCCACUGGUUGUGACUAUUUUCAUCGCUGCAGAGAGCUUCACAGACAUGAAUAAAUGGAUCAGUAAGCUGUCAGAGGCAGCCGAGCUGUGUGAAAUGAUCAACACUGAAGAGUGCUACAGCGAGGACAGCGAUAAGGACGGUGACGAGUGUGUGUCGACCUGUUCUUUAAACUCUGAGCUGGAAACCGCUGAUUCCGCAAAUGGGGACGUUCUUCAGCCUCUCUGUGAGUCUUCACCCUCUGCCUCAGUUCCACCCACUACAACGGACGCUGAAAGCAGGAGAAGAAGCACCUCAGAGGGUGCAGCUUUGAGUAGAAACAGAAGACAAAGAAGAGGGCCCUCAGAAGGCGGUGAGCGCCUGUCCUGGCUGGAUCUCCCCGGGCCUGAUGGAGCUGGUAGAGAGGCGUCCCUCCCUGUGCUGCAAGUCACAAAAGAAACAGAAGAGGAGGUCGUCCACGAGAAGCCACCCGAUGAGAUGGAGAGUCUCUACAACCACCUGAAGGCAGCCAGCUUGUCCCCAACUGGACAGUCCAGUCAGAGGGACUUCAGAGCGUCCUUCAUCAGACGAUGUCAGAACGAAAAGCUCAACGAAAAGCUUCACCUGCUCCGGAUCCUCCGCAGCACGCUGAAGGCCAAAGAGUCGGAGCUGCUGACAGUGGAGCAGAUCCUGACCGACCCCACACUCACAGCAUCCACAUACAGGAACUGGAGGACCUCCAACCCCGUCCUGCUGCAGGAGAUCGCUCACCACUACCAGGCAGCAGGCGGCACUGCAGAGCUGAGGCCUCAGGCCGCUGUCACGCCAAGUUAAACACUGCUUUACGCGAGUGUUUUUCAGGUUUUCCUUCAAGUCACACGUGUGACAUGGAGCCGGUGACUGCAGGUGACUGUGGUGGAGCUCACUGGGUGCCGAACAUGUCGCAAGUGACUGUUUAUGUUUUCACUGUAAUGUGAUUUCCAUCCAGACGGCUGUAGCAGAAAGCACAUUUAUGAGUACAUUUACCCAAGUACUGCGCUUAAGUACAAUGCUACGUACUUGUACUUGAGUAUUUCCAAGUUAUGCUACUUUACACUUCUACUCCACUACAGUUUGGAGGCAAAUAUUGUACCUUUACUUUGCUAUAUUUAUUUGAUAUAUGACUCUGUAAAAUAAGUACUUUUACUUUUUGUACUCUAAGUAUAUUUUGAUGCUAAUACUUUUGUCUUUUUAAGUAUGAGUUUGAAUGCAGGACUUUUAAUUAUAAGAGUAUUUCUACACCGUAAUAUUGAUACUUCUACUUAAAUAAAUGACGUGAGUGCUUA